AAUUUAAGUUUUCUCUAAAAUCACUUUUUAUAUUAGACUUGAAGAACUGACAUGCAGUACAUAUAUUAGUUCACAUGAAAAAAAUAAUAAGUAAUAAAAAAUAGUUCAUAUAUUAGACUUUAGAAUUUACGUGCAGUACAUAUAUUUAAAAAAAAAACAAAUAAGAAAAAAAUAGUCAAAAAAUUGUAAAAAAACAGAAAAAACAAAGGGAAAAUGUCACAAUCAUUUGAUUUUUUUAAACAAAAUAGAAAUACAAAAAUUUAGUUCACAUGAUCCUAGAUGAUUGGAUUCUUGGUUAGGGGACAUUGAGUAAAAGGCGAUUACCUAAUAUAUUACCAAAUUCUUGUUAGUAGACCUAAGUAAUCACUUAAUAGUCUUAAUCUAUUUAGAUAAUUUAUUGAAAAUUAUACUUCUAUUAAAUUUUAACAAUUCCAAAUAUAUACGUUUAUUUAAUAACAUAAUAGUUUACUGUAUUUAAAUAAUUUUUGAGAAUUGAAUAUUUGUCUAUUGAAUUUUAAUAAUUCAAAAUUAAAUAUGUUUAUUUAAACUUGAGCAUGUUAUGUUAUCAUUUGACAAAUUUUUUGAAUUACUUUAACUUCGAUUUGAAUACAAAUAUGUGUUUCCUUGUAAAUAGUAAACUUUAUACAAACUGUAGUGGGUUAGUGGUAAGUAGUUGUUGUUACUCUUUUGGGGCCGAUUCAAAAGAAAAGUAACAUGUUUUAAUUUCCUAGAUUAUUAGAUUCGUCCUCAUAAUUUAGUUAAAUAAUAUAUUUUAUCGACAAUCCAUUUCAUCUUUAUAGUUAGUUAAAUGGUACGACUAAUCAAAUAGCCAUUUAUCAAAGCCUUUUUUUAAUAAAAUGUUGUUUUGAGAAUAAAAAAUAAUCAUAAUUUCAGAGAUUAAAAAUGGCCCCCUAAUGUUGUUUUGAAAAUAAAAAAUAAAGAGCUGUUAUUUUUUUUCAGUAAACUAUGUGGCAACCUGUAAAACUGAUUAAACACCCGAAUAAAAUUAUUAUUCCGAGAAUUUAUUAACUAAGAAGAUUAAAUUUAUUAAUUAUUACUCCGAGAUGCAAUGUAUAUAGAUUAUAGAUAUGAUUUCAUAAAUAGUCCUAAAGGCUAAGAAAAGGUAAGUGAUUUGAAUGAAUAUAUUAUGAGUCAUUCCAGCUAAGGUGAUGAAGGCCUAUAAGUUUCAUACUUAUUCGUAUACACACACGUCGCCAUCAAUUCAUCAACUUUAGUUACAAUGUAUAUCUUCAUAAAAUAAGAAUUUCUUUACUGUUAUCAAAUUACAUUUUUAAAGCCAUUAAGAUGGUAUUAUCCGAAUUAUACAAGUGAUUACAUCCUUAGUGAUGAAAAGUCUUACUAGCCUUUUAUGUUAUUUGAGAAAUAAUCUCACGGUGGGGAUUUCACCAAUAAAUUUUCGUUACUGAUUAUAUACGACGCGGCAUUACGCACAUAUCAUAUAAUUAAUAAACCAACACCUCCACAACUAUAUAAACAGACUCCUGACAAGAAGGAACAUACAUACAAAAAGCACAAAAUAUAAUACAUACAAAAACAUUGUUGUGGUCAUCAUUAUGACGAGGAAGAAGCUAAACAUAUCUUACAUCACCAAUGAUUCAAUGAGAAAAUCAACCUUCAACAAGAGGAAGAAAGGGUUUUUCAAGAAAAUCCACGAGCUCUCCGUUCUCUGCGGAAUCCAAGCAUGUGCUGUUAUCUACAGUCCGUUCAGCUCUACCCCGGACGUGUGGCCAUCGAACUCGGAAGCGAAGAAAGUAGUGGAGAAGUUCGAGGAGAUUCCAAAGAUCGACCAAGAGAAGAAAAUGGUGAACCAUGAAGGUUUUCUCAGAGACAGCAUCACAAAAACAAGGGAGACUACCAUCAAGAAGAUGAUGGAUAAUACGGAGAGCGCUAUGAACGAGACCAUGUUCCAAUUUCUUCGCGGGAGAGGGGACAUGUUUCAGCUGACUGACAAACAUCGUGACGAUUUGUGUAGGCACAUUGAUCAACAUCUUAAGGAGCUUUAUCACCAUAGGAAACUAAUCCUAAAUCAAUCCCAUCUUGAAUAUGGAGAAUCUUCUUCAGCUGCUAAUGCCAUGACACAACCAGCAGCUAUAGCUGAAGAGGGUUCCUCCCCUUUCCCAGAUCCUGAUGCUUUCAACACUGCUCAGCCAGUGAAUGAGUUAUGGGCUUUAGAAAAUAAUUAUCCUCCUGCUGCCAGUGACCAACAAGGUUAUUACCAAAUGACGAAUCCGGUAGGUGGUUAUCAUCAGCAUCCAAGUUUAAAUUUAAAUUUUAAUCCUAAUCAGUAUCAGCAGAAGUUUGUAGGAUACCCAAAUGUAGCUCAAGAUGGAAAUUACAGUGGGAUUCAAAAUCAGAAUCAUCAGCAGGAAGAAUGGUUGGUUAGUCAGAUGAUCAACAAUUCUAACCAAGUGCGUUUCCCUAUGAUGGAUGACAACAACCGCUACAACUACGACCAGCCGUAAAACAUCUCCAUUAAAGACAUUUGUUGUGAUGAAUGCUGAUUAAUGCAUGUUUUAUUAUGAUGUCUACUUUCGUCUGCCAGAUUAUAAUUCUCUCUUUCAUGUUUUAGGAUUUAAUUUGAUAAAGUGUCCUUUAUUUUAUUGCAGUUUUUAUAUAAAGUUUCAGUUUCAUCCAUACUAUAUAUUUUAAAUUAAAGAGAAAAUGUUAUAAUAAAACCGUAUACUAAAUAUAUGAUUAAUAUUUCGCAUAUAUAUGUAUAAUAAUAAAUGAUACCUUUUGAGGCUCCAUGACAUCAGCAAAAAAAACUUAUAUCGAAAAGUGUCACGUAACAUUAUUACUAAAAUAAUAAUAAUAAUAAUUAAAUAUACAAUAUAAA